AUGGUCCGCAGAGCCGCCAAGCCACAUAUGGACAUCUUGACUCUCCAGAAGUGGGCCUACACAGACGGUGCUCCCAGCUACAACGCCACGGCGUAUGGCUUGCUGCACCAGUACAGCGGCAUCCCAGAGGCCGAUAUUGACAGUCACUUGCUACAUAUUCGGAAGCUAGCCUGGGAUGUAUCUCGACAGCCGUUUAUAGGUCGCUGGAGGUUCCUGCGGUUUGCGGAACCUCUAGAUCCAUACUACCAGCAGGUCUUAUUUCGCCUUACGCUUCCAAAGUCGGCAGACUGCAUACUUGAUAUCGGCUGCGGCUUCGGGCAGGCCCUGAGGCAGCUUCGCGCCAGUGGUGUGGUUGGUGCCAAGCUCUUCGGUGCGGACAUAGAAGCUCGCUUCAUCAGCCUUGGGUAUGAUCUCUUUCGUGACAAGGAGACGUUGGGGGCAACAUUUGUCACUGGCGACUUGCUUAACCCUGAUGACGGACGACUAGAUGUGCUUUCUAGGCGUUUUACAAUCGUCCACGCCGACAGCUUCUUCCACUUGUUAUCGUGGACAGAGCAGCUAUACGCCGCCAAGCGACUAAUGUCAUGGCUAAGAACGGGUACUAAGAACUGUCUCGUAUAUGGCAAACAAGUUGGUACAGUGCACCCGACGAAAGUUGCUUCGGCCGGUAGCAGGCCGUACCUGCACAAUCAACAGAGCUUCCAGAGACUAUGGGAUGAAGCUGGGAAGAUGACGAAUACAAGAUGGUAUGUGGAUGUUGAAAGGAGUGACGAACUGGCAGACUAUGCAGUGGGGUUGCAAGAUGGGUUGAUGUCUGUAAAUUUCGCGGUAUAUCAGUUGCCAUGA